ACUCGAUAGCAUUGUGCUAGAUAUUCACUAGCGCCAUUAAAACGCUGGUAAAAAUGAAGCCGUUCUUCGUGUUUCUGGUGUGUCUGGUGCUCAUCUGCAAAAGAAAUUUUGUUUCGUCAAACGAUGAAGCUUCUUCAAUCGAAAAUCGCCUGGAUGCGAUUCAAUCCGCUAUAAAUCUCAUGUUCGUGGAAGCUAGUGAACAGAUAGAGGCACUGACGAAUGAAAUUCGCGCUCUGAAACAAUCUCUCGAUCAUCUGGGUUGGUACUCCGAGGAAGUGAAACAUUCCGUGGCAUCAAUUCAGGACAACAACGAACUGCUGCUGAGAAAUUUGACCAUACUCACGUAUCGUUCUGACGAGAUUAUAGCAAACCAGCAGUACUGUGCCAAUCAUGAAGCUUUGAAGAAUCUGUUCUUCGAGUUGACUCCAAAAUGUGGCUCAUUCAAUUCAACUCCAAAGCCUCCAGAAAUGAUAUACAAUUCUUGUUUGGAUGCUCCUUAUCGAUCUGGAGUCUAUCAGUUGGUGCUUAACGUGUCUAGUUGGCAAUACAAAGCGUUCUGCGAUGUUAAUGAAUUUGGCGCAGGUUGGACGGUAAUUCAGAGGCGUCUCGACGGAUCAGUAGAUUUCAACCGUAGUUGGGCUGAAUAUCGGAACGGUUUUGGUGACGUUUCCGGUGAGUAUUGGCUUGGUUUAGAAACGUUGCACCAGCUGACCACUCGAAGGCAACACGAAUUACUGAUUAUAAUGGAGAACUUUAACGGAUCGACCAGCUAUGCUCGAUAUGGUGGGAUCGUAAUUGAUAGCGAAGCACAGAGGUACAGGAUCUUUUUCAAUGCUAGUGGAACUGGUAGUGCAUUUGAUUCCCUGUAUGCAUAUCGUAAUGAGAUAUUCAUAACCCCCGAUGUUUCGAGUGGCUCGUACUUAAAUUGUGCAAAACAACUUGCAUGUGGUUUUUGGCACUAUGAUUGCAGUGGUCCCAGUAGCAGGAAUAACUUGAAUGGAGUUUACGGCACAAACGGCACUAAGGAUGGCAUCUGGUGGUAUAAUUCAUUUUCAGGAUAUCAACAAUACAAUCCCCUGAAAGGUGUCAAAAUGAUGAUUCGACCAAAGCUCAACUGAAAAAUAUCAAAGGAAACAACUUUCAUAAUGAAACAACUUUAACUUAAUAAAACAUUCAUGUCAAUUAAA